CCAAUUUUUCUCUCACUAAAGUUCACUCUUGAGAUAGAGUAAGAAAUAUAAUUCGGACUGAGGAGAUUUACCCGGUCUAGGUCAUACUUUGUGUUCUUGUUGUGUGUUUUAUAUUACGGGUCGAGUGUGUCCAGGUCAAACCCGGUUAACCCACCCCGCUAUAUUUACACCAUCAUUUUUGGUGCCACCCGUGGGACCGAUUUUUAAUGUUUUUUCGACCAGGUCAAAUCUUUACCCCCACUAAAUAUCCACAAUCAUGUCUUCGAGCAACUACAACGCUGUGUCAAGUCAGGCUGCGAGUGAAAGCACUCCUGCCAUCCCAAUGAUGAUGUCGAGCAUGGGGACGACCUUUGCUCCGAUCACCACUGUAGGAUCGAUUGGCAUGAUCCCAAUCAUGUCAACCCCUACUCCUACGCCGACGACAACAAUGUUCCCAGGCUCGAUAACAACGCUUGGUGGAGCAUUCACACCAUACCCGUCAGCUUGGGCUCAGUUUGCUGCUGACCCGGCAAAUGCUCAGGCUCUACAGGGCUAUCAACAGGAGGCGGCCCGUAGGAGGAAGGGUAAGGCUAUAGCCAAACCCAGCAAGACUCGAGAUUCGGCGUUCAAACGCCUAGGGGACAAAAAGGAGGAUGGACCCCGCAAGUCUGCCAAGCUACGUCUUGGUCCUGAGAUGGGCCGGACUAGCGUAAUGGAAAGACUUGGCGGGAGUCGUCACGCCCAAUCUCGUCGUUCUAGGGAAUCUGAGACGAUUCGCCGAGACGAGGAGGAAGCAGAAAGCCAACCGAGGGCGUCGGCAUAUACCAGGCUCUCAUACGAUGAGGAUGACCUGGACAAGAUAGGGAGCGUAGCAAGGAAACUACGUGCCCUGGAGGAAAAGGUGGAAGAGAAGGCGGGAGCGAAAAAGCACACUUUGGCUAAAUCUCCCUUUUCGGCCAGGGUACAUGCGCAGAGGUUGAGGCGGAAGAUUAAGCUGGACGUGGAGAAAUUCACAGGAAAGGAGGAUCCAAACGUCCACCUUGACACCUUCCACAAUGCAGCACAGAUGGCCGGGUGCACUGAUGCUGAGGAAUGUCUACUCUUCUUCUCAUCCUUGAGAGGGAGGCCAGUGGAAUGGUUUAACGGCCUUCCCCAUGGCAGGAUCGGGUCCUUUGAGAAACUUGCCGAAGUUUUCCACAAAACGUACCAGGACAAUUGCAUCAAGAGGAAGAAGUUCACCUACCUUAACACGGUAGGGAAGAAGGAAAAGGAGUCCUUGACUCAAUUUUUGACCCGUUGGAGGGAUGAGGUCGACAAGGUAGAAGAGAUGGACGACAAGACGGCCAUGUCUUUGCUGAUGAAUGCCUUCCGGUCGGGUGACCUGUACACCGAAUUCUGUAGGAGGCCACCCUCCUCUUACCAAGAAGCCUACAAUACGGCAUGGGAGUAUGCCGACGCGGCGGUCUUGAAUAAGAGCAAGCGGGAAUUAGAGGAAGGAUAUAUGAAGGUGAAAUCCGACAAGCCGAAGAAGGACGACCAGAUGGGAGGGUCCAAACUAAAGGCUACGUAUGACGAGUCUGUCCAUCAAAUAAGGGAUGAUAAGAAGGGAGAACAACCCAAGAGGCCUUGGACGGAGAAGUGGUGUACCUACCACCAAUCUGACUCCCACAAUACGGUGGAUUACCGAAAUGUCAAGGCUGUGCUCAAGGAGAUGGCCUUGAAAGGAGAGCUUGGGGAAGGUUACGCGACGGAGUGGCGGUUAAGGCUGCCAUUUGCUCGGCGAGAGAAGGAUUGGUCGAAGUGGUGGCGGCUGAGGCAGUGGCUCUCGGUUGGCGGCGUGGACGAGGCUGUCGAAACGGAGUCUCGUCGGUGCCCGAGUGGAAAGAGGAUUCAUCAAUCUCCCAAUGCUUUGUCCCCUUUAUCUUUGGCCCAACAUCGGGCGCCGCUAUUGGGGAGUGGGUACGAAGUGUCGAAUGCCCACUUCCUCCAAGAGAGCGGUCUCGUUGAACCGUACUCCUUCUUCUCCAACGUAGAGCCCGAGAUCCUGUCCAUCUUGACGAAGCCCGGUGAGAAUUUGAAUGUUCUCCUCAUUCAAAUAGAUGUCCACUCCGUUGACGUUAGAGAUCAAAGCUCCGUCCUCAUCCUUUUUCAAGUUCGAGUAGAAAGCUCGAACAAGAAAGGGUUGAUAAUUGACCUUCUUGAUGUAGAGGAGAUCGAGGAAGUUUCCACAUUCGAGGAUAAUCCGUGCUUCACGUGGAAUGGAGUCAUGAAUGAAGCGGGUGGUGGAGAAUCAGGGAGGGAGAAUUUCCCGAUGCUCAAACUUUUCGGAGAACCGCAUCGCCUCUUCGCGGUCGUUGAACCAAAGGAACGACCCGUCAAGAUACUUGUGCGCCGGUGGUGGAGGAGCCGAAGAGGAAGCAACGUUCUUGCCGUCUUCAUGGUUGUUGCAAUGAUAUUCCCUUCUUUGAAAGCUUUCCCCUCGUACUUCUCUUCGUUGAUUAGGGCCAUUAAAAACAGCAGAGAAGAACCUCCAAAUUUUGAAAGACCUUUGGCAAAGAAAAAGGGUAUGGUUGAGUUCCUGCGGACCGUUGAAACAGAACCUGCAUUGGGAAGGAAACGCCAGUUUGUUUGUUCUACUUAUCGGUACUUGGGUAUUUCUGCUGCCCCCUACAACCUUUCAAUUGGGAUUAGAGAAGUUGGGCUUAUCUUACUAGCAAUUUUGAUCUUAACCAUGGGUGACAUGGAAGAAGGGGCCAAUGUACAACGACCACCACUUCUACAUGGGCACAAUUAUAAGUUCUGGAAAGAACGAAUGAGGGCGUUUCUGAUAUCUCAAGGAGGUGGAGUCUGGCGCAGCGUGGAAACUGGGUGGAAAGAACUGUUGAAGUUCUCAGAAGAUUAACAUCCACUAUUAAACCUUUUGAAGAAUAGAGCAGAGUCAAAGUUGUUGUAAUUGAGUUUAAUGAUAAGGCAUUAAAUUCUAUAUUUGGUAUAGCCGAUGCAAUAAAGUACAUGCUUAUCUCAAACUGUACAUGUGCUAUGGAAUCAUAGCUGCAUAGGACAUUCUUGAAAUUAUGAAGGGGAUGAGUGAGCUAGAAACACUUUUGUUGGUUUGUGGGGUUAGUUUGUAAUCCAAUGAAUAGACACUUUUGGU